AAUGUUCUUUAAAUUUUUCCAAAGAAAUAUUUCUACCAGUAACCAAGUCAACAGGCCAAUGCAUGAUGUACUUCUCCUGAUAAAGGCACAGCAACCUCUUUAUCGUGUUUUCUGUUUUUACUCUGUUUUUGAGAAGUUGCUGUGCAAUCUUGCAGGAAGCAGGGCAUGAUUAGUAUCUUCUUCAUAUAAUCACAAUUAGCAUAAAUCCCAUCGUUUUUUUUUUUCCUUUUUUCUUUCUUCUGCUUCUUCACAGAUCCCACCUCAUAGAAAUGAAAUCUCUUCCAUUAUCAACUCUGUUUUCACUCUUUCUUUCAUGGAAAAUUCUUCAAUCUUUCUAUCUCACUGAAGCUGAAUACCUUUCCUAUAGUGGCUGUAAUUCUUCCUUCACCUACUCUCCUGGAAGUGUUUUCGAGCAAAAUCUGAAUCAAGCCCUCACUUCCCUCGUUUCCAAUUCUUCUGAAUACAGCGUUUACUCCAGCAUCACUGUGGGUAAGAGCCCAGACACCGUUUAUGGUGUCGUACAAUGUUUUUUUCCCCGUUUCUCUGCAGAAAAUUGUCAAAUAUGUAUCAAAACUGCUGCUACAGAGAUCAGACAAAACUGUCCCACCCAGAAAAUGGCUUCCCUAGUCUAUGACCGUUGCUCCAUAGAGUAUUUCACUCUGUCUCCUGUUAACACUAGCUUUCCAACAUUACUGUUGUGUGAAACUACAGAUUAUGCUGUUGAACCUGUUCUUUUCAAUCUUCGGCUUCGGAAAUUGUUUGACAAUCUUUCGUUUUCUGCCGAAUCUGAUGAUUCGAAGAUUGCUGUUGGGAACAUCAGUAUUCGUUCCGAUAAGAACAUAUACGGUUUGGUGCAAUGCAUCGCAGACUUAGAAAAUGGGAGUUGCUUCACUUGCCUGCAAUUCAUUUUCAAUUACACUCAACGGUGUAAUCUGAAAGUGGGAGUUCGGUUUUAUUCUAUGAAUUGCUUUCUUCGAUAUGAAAUAUAUCCUUUCUUUCAGGCAUCAGUACAACUUUCACCACCUCAUAUAGCACCUUCCCCUGCUUCAUUGCUCAAGCCAAAUUCGACCCCAACCGCAAGUACUAACGCAACCAAUCCUACGGGGAAGAAGAAUACUACAAAAACAAUUGUCGUUGUGAUGACGGUUGUUACAGCCCUUCUAGUGAUUGCCAUAUUUUGUGCUUGCAUUGUGAGGAGAAAUGCUAAGAAAAAGAGAGCUGAUGGUUCUCUUCAUGAGGGUGGUUCUUUUCACGAAGAUGAUAGUAGUAGCAUACUUUCAUUUUUUAUUGGAGUAAAAUCAAUUCAAGCAGCAACAGAAAAUUUCUCUGAUAAGUACAAACUAGGAAGUGGCGGUUUUGGUACAGUUUACAAGGGUAAACUGCAUGAUGGAAGAGAAAUAGCAGUGAAAAGGAUGUCAAGUCACUCAGUUCAAGGUAUAGAAGAACUAAAAACUGAAGUAAUGGUGGUUGCUAAACUGUUGCAUAAGAAUCUUGUAAGGCUGCUGGGCUUCUCCUUGGAAGAUAAUGAGAAGCUACUUGUCUAUGAGUACCUACCGAAUGGGAGCUUGGACAAAACUUUAUUUGUUGAAGGGAAACAAAAUCUUCUAGACUGGAAAACAAGGUAUCAGAUCAUUGUCGGUAUUGCUCGAGGGCUACUUUAUCUACAUGAAGAAUCUCAGCUCAAGAUUAUUCAUCGGGAUUUGAAAGCCAGCAACAUCCUAUUAGAUGAGAAUAUGAAUCCCAAAAUCUCGGAUUUUGGUCUAGCAAAACUAUUCUGUGAAAGCCAAACUCACGGCAGGACAAAUAGGAUUUCUGGUACUUUUGGGUACAUGGCACCAGAGUAUGUUAUGAAUGGAAAGUUUUCGACCAAAUCUGAUGUCUACAGCUUUGGUAUCUUGGUUUUGGAAAUCAUUACCGGUCGAAAGAACUCUAGCUUUCGAAACUUAACAAAUCUUCAAAGCCAUGCAUGGGAACAUUGGAGCAAAGGAACAGCUUUGGAGUUAAUGGACCCAACCAUGGGGGAUGAGUGGCCUAGACAUGAAGCUUUGAAGUGCAUCCAAAUGGGUUUGCUAUGUGUUCAAGAAGCUGCUGCUAAUAGACCCAAAAUGUCAGAGGUUGUUUUGAUUCUUGAUGGUUAUGCUGUACCUCCGUCAAUGCCUUCAAGGCCAGGAUUUUUUAUUUCGGAGGAAAGUGAUGAUUCAUUAUUGGCUUUAGAUUUUCAAUUGGACGAGUUUACUACAAAAGAAUCACAUCAUACAAAAGAAUCACAUCAAUCUGUUAAUCAGGUCACGAUUACUGAAUUAAACCCCCGGGAUUGAAAUGUCAAAACUUGGAUGCUUUUUCUUCUGUAUUUCCCCAUCACAAUUACUGUAUUGUUUAUUUAUAUAUCAAUCGUUCUCUCAUCAA